AUGCCACGGGUUUUCUUUCUUUCUUUCUUUCUUUCUUUCUUCUACUAUGUAGGUUUAUUUUUCUUCAUCUCGCCUUUCUUUCUUUUUUCUUUCUUUCUUUCUUUCUUGUUCUAUGAAGCUUCAUUUUUUCUUCGUCUCGCCUUUCUUUCUUCUUUUAUGUUUAUUUUUUCUUUAUCUCGCCUUUCUUUCUUUCUUUUUUCUUUCUUUCUUUCUACCUUUCUUUCUUUAUCUCUCCUUUCUUUUCUUUAUCCCUACCUUUCUUUCUUUUUUCUUUCUUUCUUUCUUUCUAACUUUCUUUCUUUUUUCUUUCUUUCUUUCUAUCUUUCUUUCUUUAUCUCGCCUUUCUUUCUACCUUUCUUUCUUUUUUCUUUCUUUCUUUCUUUCUUUCUAACUUUCUUUCUUUUUUCUUUCUUUGUUUCUACCUUUCUUUCUUUUUUCUUUCUUUCUUUCUUCUGUGUAGGUUUAUUUUUUCUUUAUCUCGCCUUUCUUUCUACCUUUUUUCUUUAUUUCUUUCUUUCUUUCUUUCUGCCUUUCUUUCUUUUUUCUUUCUUUCGUUCUUUCUACCUUUCUUUCUACCUUUCUUUUUUCUUUCUUUCUUUCUUCUGUGUAGGUUUAUUUUUUCUUUAUCUCGCCUUUCUUACUACUUUUCUUUCUUUUUUAUUUCUUUCUUUCUUAACUUUCUUUCUUCUGUGUAGAUUUUUUUCGUCUCGCCUUUUCUUUCUUUCUUUCUUUCUUCUUUUCAACUACUGCUUUUCAUUCUUUUUUUCUUUCUUUCUUUUCAUAAUCUAUCUAUCUAUCUAUGUAUCUAUCUAUCUCAGUCUGUUCGUAUCUAUCUAUCUCAGUCUGUUCAUAUCUAUCUAUCUAUCUAUCUAUCUAUCUAUCUAUCUAUCUAUCUAUCUAUAUCUCUUCUAUAUCUAUCUAUCUAUCUAUCUAUCUGUCUGUCUGUCUGUCUGUCUGUCUCUCUUCUCUUCCCAUCUAUCUAUCUAUCUAUCUAUCUAUCUAUCUAUCUAUCUAUCUAUCUAUCUAUCUAUCUAUCUAUCUAUUUAUCAGUCUGUUCUAUCUAUCUAUCUAUCUACCUAUAUUUCAAUCUCUUCAUAUCUAUCUAUCUAUCUAUUUAUCUAUCUAUCCCUUCAUAUCUAUCUAUCUAUCUACAUUUCGAUCCCUCUUUAUCUAUCUAUCCAUCUAUAUAUAGAUAUCUAUCUAUCUAUCUAUCUAUCUAUCUCAUAUCUAUCUAUCUAUCUAUCUAUCUAUCUAUCUAUCUAUCUAUCUAUCUAUCUAUCUAUCUAUCUAUCUAUCUAUCUCAGUCUGUUUAUAUCUAUCUAUGUCAGUCUGUUCGUAUCUAUCUCGGCCUUUACAUUAUCUAUCUAUCUAUCUAUCUAUUUAUCUAUCUAUCUAUAUCUAUCUAUCUCAGUCUGUUUAUAUCUAUCUAUGUCAGUCUGUUCGUAUCUAUCAUUGAAUGAAUAUUUUCAUUUAUCUAUCUAUCUAUCUAUCUAUCUAUCUAUCUAUCUAUCUCAGUCUGUUUAUAUCUAUCUAUGUCAGUCUGUUCGUAUCUAUCUCAGCCUUUUCAUUAUCUAUCUAUCUAUCUAUCUAUCUCAGUCUGUUUAUAUCUAUCUAUAUCAGUCUGUUCGUAUCUAUCUAUCUAUCUAUAUUUCGACCCCUUCAUAUCGAUCUCACUUUAGUUUUAUAUUGCAGAAUCCUAUUCACUCCAUCACCACCACUACAAUCCUUAAUUCUUCUUCUUCUGCCAUUCCUCCUCCUCCUCCUUCUUCUUCUGCCAUUCCUCCUCCUCCUCCUCCUUCUUCUUCUGCCAUUCCUCCUCCUCCUUCUUCUUCUUCUUCUUCUUCUUCUUCUUCUUCCACCCUAAUUCUUCUUCUUCUUCUUCUUCUUCUUCUUCUUCUUCUUCUUCUUCUUCUUCUUCCUCUUCUUCCAGUCCUCCUCCUCCUUCAUCUAGUUUACUUUGUCCUCUUUCUUCUUCUUCUAGCCCUAAUUCUUCUUCUUCUUCUUCUUCUUCUUCUUCUUCUUUCGCCCUUAGACGCGGAAGGAGUCUCAUUUAAUUCAAUGAAUUUAUCUAUCUAUCUAUCUAUCUAUCUAUCUAUCUAUCUAUCUAUCUAUCUAUCCCUUUUUUUUAAUUCAAUGAAUCUAAUCUAUCUAUCUAUCUAUCUAUCUAUAUCUAUCUAUCUAUCUAUCUAUCUCAGUCCUUUUUAUCUAUCUAUCUAUCUAUCUAUCUAUCUAUCUAUCUAUCUAUCUAUCUAUCUAUCCCUUUUCAUUAAUUAA